UGGUGGGACAAUUAAAUCUAAAUUAGUAUAAAUAGUGGUCGAAAAAUUUCACAAAUAUCAGUUGUUUUCUCGCUGAAUAAUUCGAUACAUCAACAAUGAACACUUUGAGUCUUGUAGCCUUUUUCGCCUUUGUGGCCGUUGCCAACGCUGGUAACUUGGUACUUCCCUCUGCAAGAAUUAUCCAAGGACCCAGCAGCAGAACUACCGUAGUUGGUCCCGAUGGUAGCGCCAUCUCGUCCGUAGCUCCAGGUGGACAAAUCAUUCAAGAAGAAAGUGUUGGAGUUGUUUCACACAGCGCACCUGUUGUAGCUGCCCCAGCUUUGGCUUAUUCAUCUGUACCUCUGGCUUACGCAGCUCACUCUUCUCCUAUUGUGUCCGCUUACUCAUCUCCUCUAGUAUCAGGCGUUCCAGUUGUGUCAGCUUACUCUUCCCCUGUAUUAUCCGGAGUGGAAAACACUAUUGUAGCAGGACCUUCAGGUUCCAUCGUUUCCGGAAGAAGCGUAGGGGCUCCACUUGUUUCAGCCUGGUAGAGUGUUCUCAUCUUUGCCUAGAAAUUUUUGUCUGAUGUGUCAUUCCAUGUAAAAAAUGUCUGUCAAUAAAUUGAUAAGCAUAGA